AUGGGGGGCAAGUCUGCUACCAAGGCCGCUUACUUCGACAAGCUCAAGGGCUUGCUCGAGGAGUAUGCUAGCAUCUUCAUCGUGGGUUGCGACAAUGUCUCUUCCCAGCAGAUGCACGAGAUCCGUCAGUCCCUCCGUGGCGAGGCUGUCGUUCUCAUGGGAAAGAACACCAUGGUUCGCCGUGCCCUGAAGGGUUUCGUUACUGAGAACCCCGAGUGGGAGCGCCUUCUGCCCCACGUCAAGGGCAACGUUGGUUUCAUCUUCACCAACGGUGACCUGAAGGAGACCAAGGAGAAGAUCCUGGCCAACCGUGUCGCCGCCCCCGCCCGUGCCGGUGCUUUCGCUCCCGGUGACGUCUGGGUUCCCGCCGGUAACACUGGUAUGGAGCCUGGUAAGACCUCUUUCUUCCAGGCUCUCGGUGUCCCCACCAAGAUUGCUCGUGGUACCAUCGAAAUUGUCUCCGAUCUCAAGCUUAUUGAGGCCGGCAGCAAGGUCGGUGCCUCCGAGGCCUCUCUGCUCAACCUGCUGAACAUCUCUCCCUUCACCUACGGUAUGACCAUUCAGCAGGUCUACGACCACGGCCAGUGCUUCGGUGCCGACGUCCUUGACAUCGGCGAGGAGCAGCUCCUGAAGACCUUCAGCCAGGCUAUCCAGACCGUCGCCGCUCUGUCCCUGGCCACCAACAUCCCCACCAUCCCCGCCACCAUCCACUCCAUCGUCAACGCCUACAAGAAGGUUCUUGCUGUCGCUGUCGAGACCGAGAUCAGCUGGCCCGAGAUUGAGGAGCUCAAGGACCGCAUCGCUAACCCCGAUGCCUACGCCUCUGCUGCUCCCACCACCGCCGCUCCCGCCGGUGGUGACGCUCCCGCCGCGGCUGCCCCCGCCGAGGCUGAGGAGGAGUCCGACGAGGACAUGGGCUUCGGUCUGUUCGACUAA